UGAGUAAUGUUUUAGUGGUAGGUUUUAAAAAGGAGGCUCAGUAGUUUUUUAAACUCAGAGAGGAGUCUGCCAUGAGAAACAUUACUAUGAUACCCUACUGGAGGGCUCUGUUUUGCUGGUGGCACUGAUGGGUGCACCAGGUUUGGAGGCCUGGGAUCAGAUUUCCUGGACCGGUCAGGUCACAGCUGGUUUCAGAACCACGUUCACCUGUUCCUCUUCAUGCCAACCAAACUGCAUCUACACCUGGUCCUUUAAGGGCCGCACGGUCAACGGGAGCAAAUUCACCUGGACGCCAGAUGGACUGGACAACACAGUAGAACUGCAAUGCAAUGUGCUCAAGACAGAAACAGGAGUCUCCGGCAGUUUUAUCUCCAUUGUAGAAAUUAAGAAUCGAGUGGCUGUGCAAAUCAGUCCACCAAACACUGUCCCGUCUCUCUAACCGGCCACUGGACCUGGUCUGCCUUGGUGCUCCAGCAGGUGACCCUUCACAGCUGGUGAACCGGGUGGUCUGGUACAAAGAUGGACAGAAGGUGACACUGGGUGAAAAUAUGGAGUUGCUGCAAAACAACCUCACACUUCACUUUGACUCACCGCUGCCUUCUGAUACUGGAUUCUACAUGUGUGAGAUGUAUGUGCCUACGUUUCAACAGACAAGACUGUUCAGCCUGGGCUAUCUACUCAGCUGUGUUCUGGCCUCUGGUGCCGUGGAGGUCCAGCCCUCCAUCAACCCUGCUGUAGUUGGGGACUCUGUGACGCUGUCUCUGUCUCCUCCGACGACUCUGAAGAUUGCAAGCUGGACAGUGGGAGAGUCCCUCAUCGUCACCUUGGUGGGGGACCAGCAGGCAGUCUUCCCCAAUCACAAAGGCAGGGCGUCAGUCAACGUCCUCACCGGAGCUCUCACCCUGAGCUCCGUCAAGGUGGCUGACUCAGGAGUCUACAUGGUGCAGAGCAGUGACCCCCAGCUUAAGGCCAGUGCUUCCAUCACUGUUCUCGAGCCCAUCUCAAAUGUGACGCUCAGAGCCAAUCGGACCAAGCUGAUGGAGUUCAAGAGUUCAGCAGUCGUUACGUGCUCCGUCUCCUCUGGAUCCUCUCUCUCUUUCCUCUGGAUGAACGGCAGCUCUGAGGUUAAAGCCAGUGGCAGAGUUCAGCUCACUGAUGGAAGCUCCACUCUCACCAUAGUUAAUGUGACCCGCUACGACCAGGGACCGUUCAGUUGCCGUGUGUUCAAUCCUGUCAGUAAUGGAUCCAGCGAUCCAGUGACUUUUACUAUCAGCUAUGGUCCAGAUAACAUGGCGCUGACAAUGAAUGGACGGAACACGACUUCCUUUCCCAUCGGAUCCAAUCUGACCGUGCUCUGCUCAGCACAGUCCAGUCCUCCAGCUCAGCUUCAGUGGGCGAUCAGAGGAGAGCUUGCGAACACUACGGGUCCAUUGCUGGAGCUGUUCAGUGUCCGUAAAGACCAAAGCGGUCCGUAUUCCUGUCUGGCCUUCAACAAUCACACCAACAUGAACAGCAAUAUCACCGCACACAUCAUGAUAGCAGAGCCGUUCUCAGGGUCUGAACAACAGGCAGUCAAUGUGAUGCUCCUGCCGCUGCUAUUAUUAGUUGGGUUCCUCUUCUUAUUGCCAGAUGUCGGUGGCCCAUUCAGUCCAUUUGCACCUGCCCAGACGAUACAAGCCUCUGAGAACCCAUUACCAGUGGGCAGCAAUGUCACACUAUUCAGCCUGCAGGGCAAUGUCACCUUAGGGACGUGGAUCUUCGACAAUAAUCUGAUUGUGCUGAUAGUCCCGGGAAAACCAUUGAUAACUACCACUUCGAUUGGCAGGGUUACAUUCAAUUCAACCUUUUCAUCAUUGACUAUAAGAUCAGUACAGCUGGAAGACUCCGGAUUGUACACAUUACAGGGAGUUGAAUUUCGCAGUCAGAUAACACUGUCAGUCCAAGUGCCUAUUUCAAAUGUGACUCUGAGGGCAAACGCAACCAAUCUGGUGGAGUUCAAUGACACAGCAGUUCUCACGUGCUCUGUGCUCACUGGCUCGUCCCUGUCCUAUGUUUGGCUGAACGGCAGCGAUGUGGUCACACUCGGCGCGGGAGUACAGCUCAGCGAUGGAAACGCCACUCUCACCAUGUCCAGGGUGAACCGCAAUGACGCGGGGCCCUACAGGUGCAAUGUGUCCAACGGUGUGAGCCAUGAAAGCAGUCUCCCUGUAUAUCUGAACAUCAGUUAUGGUCCAAGUAACAUAACGAUGGUGAUCAUGCCCAUUAGGUCCACCUACAUAACAGGAUCUAACAUCACACUGUCAUGCUCAGCCGAGUCCAGCCCUCCAGCGAUGAUCUAUUGGAUGGUUGAUAGGGUGAACCUAAAUCAGUUUGGAUCCCAUCUUCAACUGGAGAGGGUUACAGAGGGCGAGUCAGGAAAUUACCAAUGCGUAUUUCACAACACAGUAACGUCCAGGUUCAGCAGCAAAGGUGCAAUGAUCAGGAUUAUGGAGCCAAUAGCAGCAGUUGUGGUGAAAUACACAGGUGGACCAGUAAUAGUUCAUGAGCCUCUCAGUCUCAGCUGUGAAGUGACCGGAUCUGUUGACAGGAUUCAGUGGUGGAGGAAUCAUCAACUUAUUACAGCUGACAAUACAACCUUCUUUGACAUGAACAACAAGACAUUGAAUAUCACCCAUGUCCAACUGUCACAGGAUGGAUAUUAUCAGUGUCAGGCUUUUAAUUCUGUGAGCAACAUGACCAGCAGCCCCUACACAGUUGACAUAUAUUAUGGACCGCAAAUGCCAACUAUCAAGGGACCAAAUGCCGCAAAGACAGGAGACAAUGCUACAUUCUACUGCAUUGCAUCAUCAAACCCUCCCGGCUCCUACACAUGGAUCUUCAAUAAUUCUGUAAUGGCCAAUAUGUCCCAUUAUAAUUAUUAUGCCACACCUCCUCUUACCAAAGACAUGAGUGGGAAGUACACCUGCAUUGUCUUCAACAACAUCACCCGCAAAAACAGCACUGCAUACAAGAUGCUCACUGUAUUUGAUUUACAAGUGGAAACACCAAUGCAUCCUGCCAUAGAGGGUCAUUUUUAUAUGCUAACAUGCAACAUGAGUGGACCUGCUGAGAAUGUUUACUGGAAGAAAAAUGGUAAACCACUGCAUGAAGACAACACAACGGAUUACUUGUUUAACAAAACAAUCAUUUUCAACCCACUCAAACAAAGUGACACUGGACUCUACCAGUGUAUGGCUGUUAAUCCCCUUUGGAACAUGACCAGCCCUCCGUACAUGCUUCUUGUGAACUUUGGACCAGAAUCACCUAUGAUUGAUGGGCCAGCUUUUGCUGAGGCAGGACAUUACGCAGUCUUCAACUGUUCUGCCACGUCGAUGCCGACCAGUCGGUUCACCUGGUGGUUCAAUGGCUCCUACGCGGGCAAUUCUUCCGUGUUUAGAACUGGCAUUUUGUCACUAAAUAUGAGUGGCGUAAUCACCUGCAAGGCUUACAAUGAUGUGACGGGAAAGAACGUCUCAAAAUCCAAGAUGUUCACAGUCAUUGAGGCAUCAGGGCCAGUGAUGAUCAGAAGCAACACAAUUCCAAUAAACUCUGAAAACUUCACUCUCACCUGUGACGUCACUGGGCCCUAUGACAUGAUCUACUGGAUGAAGAACGACAUGUUACUCAACGUGUCAGAGCCUCACAUGUCCUACGCCAAUGAAAACAACACGCUGCAUUUCACUCCGGUGACCUUGUACAAUGAGGGCAUGUAUCAGUGUGUGGCUACCAAUCAGGCUGGUGCACAAAAAAGCCCUAAAUAUAUCCUCCUGGUGAACUAUGGCCCUCUGAAAAUGGAGAUCUCCGGUCCAGAUUCAACACAAGGCGACGUCUCCGUGUCCCUGAAAUGCUCUGCGCUUUCUCGGCCAUAUUGUGAAUUCCACUGGUUCUUCAACAUGUCAUCAGUGGCUCUAAAGACGGGCCCUCUCAUCACUUUCCUUUCGACGAAAGAGAACGAGGGAACUUACACAUGUAAGGCGACAAACCCUGUGACCAACAUCACAAUGUACCAGACCAAAACCUUUACUGUGGCUGCUCACGCCUCCGCCCUCCAUUUCUCAUCCCAAGGCGGUCUGAUGAUGAUGGGUCUGUUUGCUUUGUUUGUCCCUGUGCUGUUCAACUGACUUCUCUGCACUGAGAAAUGCAGUCAGAUCGAUGGGCCUCUUGAUUCCAUUAGUCUUAGCAGUCUUAUUGGAAAAUGAAAAGAGUGGGACUCUAUAAUCCAAAAUCGGAUGCCACUUUAUCACUUCUUGUGGUUUCUUCUCAAAAUAGAAAGACAAAUUCAAAAGUGUGCCAGAUUUCAAGUUGCAAUUUGUUGUUUGAUAUUCAUUGGUAUGUAUUGAUUUAUUUUCAUUAACGUAAGUAAAAAUUGUUCUGUUAGUGUUAUUGUGAUGUUUGUUGUUGUCACUACCCUUAAGGUAGUUCAUUACAAAUAAUUCAUGACAUGGUUUAACAAGUGUAUUCUUUUAAAAUACCUCCGUACUGUUUUGGUAGGAACAGCAAUUCUUCAUUCUGAACAACAGCGUCUUUUUUUGUUAUGCAUAAUAAUAUAUAGAAACUGUAAGUAAAUGUAAGUCUGAGCAUACUUUAAUUCAUGGUAUUUAUUUCUUAAUCAAUAAAUAAUCA